AUGCUUGAGAGGCCGAUCACGCAAGACGGGCCGGCACACGACGACUACGACCCCUUCCUGCUCGAGGAGAUGGUUCCAGAUCGAAGAGGGGGGACCACCGGUGACGAGUGUGACUGGACUGACAAGGUUGAAAAUAAAUGUCGCAUUGCUGCCAGGCCGUGUCAUGAAGCCAUCGCUAAUUCAUAUUACCAUCGACAACAGCGUUCUGCGGUGGCGGACUGGAGAUACACCGUACGUAGCGCUUGCGCAGUAAUCUUUGACGCGACGAGACUUGUAAUUCAGCUAGACGUGCCGGGAGAGCCGACGUCGGAGUAUCCAGAUCUGGCGGGAGAGUCAUCGUCAAGUGGGUUUGGGAUUUGAUGACAAGGUUUUUUUCUUAUUUUUUUCUUCCUUCUCCUUUCUUGUUAUUCCCUCUUGUCC